AUGAAACGUUCACAGGCACCUCCACCAUCGCAACCUCCUCCUCCUCCUUCUCUACACCUAGGACCACCGUCAACAUCAUCCUUAUCAUCAUCUUCUAUAAUUAGAACACAUCCGCAACAAUCUACAUCGCAUACAUUAGACGAUUCAAUGAAACACAAAAAAACCGAUCCUAAUCAAGCCUAUUGGUGGGACGUGGCUCAUGUGACGAGUCGAAUUUUCGAAGAAGAACAAAUCAUAAACAAAGAACGUCGCCUAACAUUUCGUCGUAUUAUUAAGAUAUGCGUUUAUCUCAUUUUCUUUCUUGCUGUUCUUACAUCAGCCGUCGUUAGCAAACUCAGUCUCUUUACCAUGAUCAAUGCGUAUAAAACUCUUGAACAACCAAAGAUAUACAUUGUCAGAUGGCAAGUCUUAUUACUUAUUGCAAUGAUUGUACCGUAUACUUUAACAUUUGUGCAAAGUCUUGUCCUAUCUAUUUUUCGUAUUAAACAUUCUCCGCCAUUCCUGUUAACAAUUUGGGUUCAUAUUGCUGAAACGUGUCACACAGUUGGUCUUUCUAUGCUUGUCUUUCGUAUUUUACCUUCCGUUGACAAUGUUACUGGUUUAUUCGUAUUGAACGGUGUUUGUAUUGUUCCGGCCAUACUAAAUCUUUUUACCACCCGUCGUCAUCAUAAUACAAGUUUGAAAUUAUUAAUAUUCAUGUGUGAUAUUGCGUCUGUUCUCAUGCAAUUGUCCGUUUGUUUUAUUCCAUCGAUUCUUAAAACAACGGAAAAGGUUUCGAGUCAACUUCAAUGGCAAUUACCUUUGGCAUUGUUUCUUAUUUCACUUGGUUAUUGGGAAAGCUUUGUUGAAACACGUUUGCCGAACAAACAUUUCUUCAAAUGGUUUCAACGUGCCGUUCGAUUAUUACGAAAAACACGUCCGAAAGUGUAUGUUACGGCGAGUUUGUUGAAAAUUAUUGUCUUAAUCAUCACUGCGANAUGGCAAUUACCUUUGGCAUUGUUUCUUAUUUCACUUGGUUAUUGGGAAAGCUUUGUUGAAACACGUUUGCCGAACAAACAUUUCUUCAAAUGGUUUCAACGUGCCGUUCGAUUAUUACGAAAAACACGUCCGAAAGUGUAUGUUACGGCGAGUUUGUUGAAAAUUAUUGUCUUAAUCAUCACUGCGAUUUCAUUCUUACCGAAAUCAGUCGAUAAGAACUUGUAUUUGCAUAUAUUCGAUCAAGUACCGAUUGGUGAAAGAUACAGUCGUGCUAUUCCUUUCUUUGACGAUCACGAAGAUCUUUUUCGAGCGACAAGACAAAUUUAUGUACCAUUUGUUCUCCAGAUCUUGUCCUCGUGCAUUUGUUAUUAUACCGGUCGUAUAGCUUGCAAAGUUUUAAUGCAAUGCUUCGGCUUUUCGUUACCAUUAACAAUGUCGACCUUGAUUGCGUAUAUCAUUUUAUUUUUUACUCAUGGAUUUACGAACAAAAAAGAUAUUAUUGUGGUCGGUCAAUUCUUUUAUUUAGAUAAACCACAAGCACUGGGUUCGAAAUUGUUAGUAAUAUCUUUGAUUGGAUUUUUGGUUCUUUGGUUAUCAAGAAUGAAAAUAACAAGUCAUGUUUGGUUUCCAACAUCUGAACGUUUGGCCAUGAUUCAUAAACUUUUUGUUCUGCCGUACUAUGAAUCUGCAAUUGUCGAACAGAACUUAUUACUGAACAAACAGCAAAAGGAUAUGAUGGAAAUGAACGAUCAAAUUGAGCCCGACUUAGCUAUGAAACGGAAAUUUCCUGUACCAAUGAUCUACGUAUGUGCAACAAUGUGGCACGAAACAACCAAUGAAAUGGUUCAACUGUUAAAAUCCAUUUUUCGACUUGAUUCUGAUCAACAUGCUCGUCGAACUGUCCAGAGAAAUUUACGCGUGCUCGAUCCUGAUUACUAUCGAUUUGAGACGCAUGUGUUGUUCGAUGAUGCGUUUGAAGAUGAUGACCAUGGAAAUCGUAUACCGAAUCGUUAUGUUAAACAACUCGUUGCAGCUGUGAAUGUCGCCGGAGCUUAUGUUCAUGGUGUCGAAAAAGUCGUCGACGAUCCCAUUAAAAUUCCCACACCAUACGGUGGACGUCUGGUUUGGCUAUUACCGGGAAAGAACCGUUUGAUAGUUCAUAUGAAAGAUAAAAACUUAAUUCGACAUAAAAAACGUUGGAGUCAAGUGAUGUACAUGUAUUACCUACUCUCAUAUAAGUUAUUACGGCGAAAAAAUGGUGGACAUAACCUAUCGCCGCCUGUCACAAAUUUAGACACCGAAUUUAUUGGAUUUAGUGAAUUUUUGAAGAGUUUACCACAUGAUAAGAAGAUUUCUGCUCAAAAUACAUUUGUAUUAGCUUUGGAUGGUGAUGUCGAUUUUAAACCCGAAGCAGUUCUACUAUUAGUUGAUCGAAUGCGUAAGAAUCCGAAAGUUGCGGCUGCUUGUGGUCGAAUUCAUCCUACAGGCGAUGGACCAAUUGUUUGGUACCAACAAUUCGAAUACGCAGUUGGCCAUUGGCUCCAGAAAGCUGCUGAACAUAAACUUGGUAGUGUUCUAUGUUGUCCCGGUUGUUUUUCACUUUUUCGCGGUUCGUCAUUGAUGGACGAUAAUGUUAUGCGACGUUAUGCAGAUAAAUCAACUGAAGCAGCACAUUACGUGCAAUAUGAUCAAGGCGAAGAUCGUUGGUUAACUACUCUCCUAUUGCAACAAGGUUAUCGAGUCGAAUAUUGUGCUGCCUCUGAUGCCUAUACGCACGCACCGGAAACGUUUAAAGAGUUUUUUAAUCAACGUCGACGAUGGAUGCCGUCGACUAUGGCGAAUAUUAUGGAUUUAUUAAAAGACACAAAACAUACGACCUAUGUCAAUGAAAAUAUUUCCAAAUUAUACAUGUUCUAUCAGGCAGUUCUAUUCGUUUCGACAGUUUUAGGACCAGGAACUAUUUUAUUGACGAUUGCUUCGGCAUUGCGAACAGUUUUCUCCACAUUAACAAUCGCUGAAUCCUAUAUGAUAUCAAUUCUUCCAUCAAUUUUCUACAUUAUCAUUUGCUUGAAAACCAAAGCAAGUACACAAAUUGCUAUUGGAGCUAUCAUGACUUCACUAUAUGCUUUGGUUAUGUCUAUGGUCUUGGUUGCAACAGCAGCACAAAUAGUGAAAUCUGGUUUUCUUGAUCCGAGUGCCGUGUUUCUUCCCAGUGUUGCGAUUACAUUCAUUGUUACUGGUCUUCUGCAUCCGAACGAAAUGUUUAACUUGAUUCAUGGCUUUCUCUAUUUGAUCACUAUUCCUGGUGGUUAUCUUCUUUUGGUCACUUAUGCUUUAUGUAAUUUACAUGUUGUUUCAUGGGGCACGCGAGAAACAGUCGAAGUUGUGAAAAAGAAGAAGACAAAGGAUAAAACUAAUGAAAAAGAAGUCAUCGAACCAAAAGCAAAAAAGCGUCGAGCAACUGAUGUUAUCAAUAAUAUGUUUUGGGGUGAUGGACAACAACAACGUGGUUUUCUCAACCAAGCGGGUGAUGUCAUUGAACAAGUCUUUCGGCCAACAAUGAAACGACAAGAAACACUUUUACAACAAAUCAUUACGAAACUCGAUCAUGAUGAUGUACAGAAACCACACAGUGAUGAUUCAUCGCAGAACUCCAAAGAAUCGUCAAAUAACAUUCCGAUAAUCAUCACCAGCGGUAAUGACUCCACAAGCAAUACAACUGCAUCAACAUCGAUCUUAAACAAAUCACGAAACAAUAUGAUCAAUCCGUAUUGGUCAGAAUUACCAUGGCUUGGCUCGGAAUCUGUUAUUGGCUUUCUCCAUACCGAUGAAGUUACUUUUUGGCAGCAAAUACUUCAAAAAUAUAUCGCGCCGCUUGAUAAAGACGCGGAAGAAGAACGUCGCAUUCAAAAUGAUCUCAUUGGCUUACGAAACAACGCAGGUUUCGCAUUUUUUAUGCUCAAUGCCAUUUGGAUCAUCUUACAAUUUCAAUGUGAAUACGUUGCAACGCAGUUUACAGAGAUUAUGAUCGACGUCGGUCGAAUCUUUGGUUUACAUGAAACAAAGGUUCAAGUUUUAGGUUUAUUAUUCAUGUUAUUUUUUGCUUCGUGUAUGGUCGUGCAAUUCUGUACGAUGAUUUUACAUCGCUGGGGAACAUUCAUCGAAAUUCUGGCAAGCACGAAAUUAUUUGAAAAACAUCGACAAUAUAAAUUAAAACCCGGGUCCGACAUUGCUGGAAUGACAAGUCAGGAAGUGGCUGAAGUUUUAAAAGAUUUAGAUAUCGAAUUAGUUGUUCCGACAUCGUCGUCUUCAACAUCCACCUUUCCCAAAGACAGCGUGACAUAUCAAAUGGAGUCAAUUAUAAAUAAAGAACCGCACUUUAUCGCUCCAGAUGAAUAUGAUGAUAAUGAAGAACAGGAUGUUUACAACGAACCACCAAUUGACUAUUUUGAUCAUCCAGUCGUACAAGAAGCGAUUGAUGAGAGUCGCCUUCGAUUACUCUGA